AUGGCGAACUCUCAGAAUUGUUACAACGCGCCGCUACUUCAGCCGGUACUCGCGCCCGAGAACAGGGAACCCAAUCCAAUGGCCCACCAUCCGCUGGCACCCAACAUGAUGGGUUUCCCGAGUGCGAUCCGACUGACGGGCUCGUUGGGCGCCAUCAGCAACCGCGGACUACUUUCUGUACUGCAGCGGGACGUGCGGGAUGUACGGGACGUGCGGGAUGUGCGGGAUGUGCGCGAUGUACGGGACGUGAGAGAUGUGCGGGACGUGCGAGAUGUGCGAGACGUGCGAGACGUCCGAGAUGUGCGAGAUACUCGCGAGCGUGAGCGUGAACGCGAGCCCGAACACGAGCGGCCGCACAACGUGCCCGGCUUCUACACAAACGCCAAUAAUCUGCACGCAUCUCUACACCGCACAAUCCCACGUAUAUCGGCGGCGGUGGACAGCCCCCUACUAGACGGCGCGCUGAGCGGUUUGGGCGGGCUGGGCGGCAUGGGCGGCCUGGGCGGCCUGGGCUUCACCCGCGCCGAGCGGUCGCUGCAGGGAGAGAUCCGCCGCUCCUUCCACCGGCCCGGCGACGCAAGGCACGACACCGGCCGCUCCAUCCCGCGCAACCUCAACAUCGCCUCGGUCACUGACGCCGCCGAUCUUACCACCUUUGAUGUCGAUGACAGAUCAAACGUUCGUCUGACAAGCGGCGGACGGUCCCGGGCACACAGCGAAGAGCAGAACGUGGGCGGCGCGGACGGCUGUGGCACGGGCUCAGCCGCAGGCUCUGGGGUUAGUGCGGGCGUGGGUUCAGGGCCGGUGGGGGCAGUGGCGGCAGUGGGCACCAAACCCCCCGCGCCGCCGCCCGCCGAUCCGCCGCUCUCCGCGCCACCAACCACGUUGCCGCUCACCGUCGAUAAGCCGUCGUGCGUGUGCAGCUACGAGGCGAGCGCUCCAGGGGGGGAGGGCGGCGAGGGGGCCGAGGGGGAGGACGGCGAUGACUACCGCAGCGAGUGCGAGAACUGCAAGUCCGCCGGCAGCUCCAGGUGGGUGUUGUCGGAGGGGUGGGAGGGGUGCGCGACGCAGACGCUGCAGCGCCGCGCGCCCGCGCCCGCCACGCCGCCGCCCGCCACCGCCACGCUGCCGCAGCCCGUCACCAAGCAGAGUCGAUCAUCGGUGAACGGUCCGUCGAACUGGGAGAACUGGUUCAACACCAUCAUGGACUCCGACACCGAGUCCGAGGAGGAAUGAGUUUUAAUUGACUUCGACGAAGUCAAUAACAGUGCACUCGAAAGAGACAUACACACAAACCUUUAACAUAGUGUUACGAAUCGCUGAGAAUGAGCAAUACAAAUAUUUUAUUCGACAAUGUAGAGCUGUCAGUGUACACGAGUUUUAUCGAUAUUCGUUCACGAUAGAAAUACGUUCGAUUAUUUACAAAGGUAUUGUCGAUAGUCGAUGUUUUGUGUUUGAUCAGGCGGUAAUUUGGACCUAAGUUAAUGUACGUAAAAUCUUAUGUAUGAUGUCAAUAAACCGCUCCAACGUUAAUCUUAGAUCCGAUCUCGAGAAUAAAUCAUUUGUUAGCAUAGCAAAUAACUUUAUUCUGUUUGGUCCAUUUUAGCGAUCGAUCGAUAAAAAGCGAUUGGGAUGCCUCAUUGAAUUUGAACGAAAUUAAAUUUACGACGAAUUGUCAGUUAAAACACUUAGGUAGGUCCUUACGUACCCUAACUUAUGUCGAUCCGUUCUAGUGUUUUGCCCAAUAUCGAUAAAUAAACCUUUUCGAUCCUAAAUUAAUUUUUUAUGAGUGCUGGUAUAUUGUAACGUUGUUUGUAUUUUGUGUGUUGUGACGUUUUGUAGAUUUUAGCUAUCCCUAAUAUUUUGUUUAUUGCAUACGUUGUUUUUUUAAGUUGGGUUGGUAUAUACACUCUUUAUUUUAUUUGUUAAAAACAAAAGAUAAAGGAGCGCCAAAAAUUUGACGACCAUUGAGAUACAAAUCAUUUGAUAGUAUCACAUGAUUUAGAUUAUCAAGUUCUAUGACUCAGGAUCUGAUUUAGAGUAAUUACGGUAAUGCAUUCUCAGAAUUUCCUUUACUUAUUAUGUGGAUAUGAUAUGAUUUUAAAUAUCCUUAUUUAGAAUAGUUCUUGUGUAAUAUUUUUUUAACAUUCCAUACUAUUAAGUAGAUAUUGUUGCUGAGACCAAUGCAUCACAAACUAGUAAUAAGUCUAACGAGUGACCAAACACGCUUUAUAUGGCACAUUUGAUGUGUUUAUUUUUUAUAUAUUUCAGUUAUAUUUGUAUAUUACGUAAGUAUUAGUUGCCUAAUGUUGAUUUUGUUUGAUGUUAUGCCAAAGAAUUUUAAGUUGUUAUCUUUACGACUUAUUUUUGUUUUCGUUUCUAGUUUUCAUGACAUACUUAAUAACGAUCUGUUACAUCUCAAAUACUAUUAUUUUUGAAUCUAAGUAGUUCGUUAGUACAGAUUUUAUUAAUUAGUCGUGUUCAGUCAAUAGUUUUAAUAUUAAUGUAUACAACUUGUUCUGUAUAAUUGAAAGUAUCUCUAUUGUACAUUUAAUGAAGAUUGCUAGAAUAUUACUGUGUGCCAAAAAUUUCGAAUUGUUACCAUGAGACAGCUGAUUUGAAUAUCACGCGUUUCAUGAGAUACCAAAGUUUUUCGCAGCACGUGGAGUUAUCGAUAAAAUCGCCUUCGAUAAAUAGUUUCUAUUAUUAUUAAAAUUUAUUUAAAAGCAAUAUGUUUUGGUCAGCUGUAUAUGCGGGUACCAUCUUUGAUUUCUUAAUAAUGCGUAACAAAGUUAUUAAAAGAAAUUUUAUAACAAAGAAAAUGUGUUUAAUUUUACAAAUAUGGCGACUUUAACGAUUACUCCACGUAUGUGACUUCAUUCCAGUGUUCAACUUGAAAUGAUUAGAAUGUCGAUUUGAUUACAUAAUAGAUUACAGUAUAAUAUAAAGUAUUACUAAUGUAACGCAGAAGUAACUUAGUUAUAUAUUUUUGUCAAAGUAAGAUCUUUAAUGGUAAUUAAUGUAAGUAAGUUUAAGUACAGGUAGAAUUUUAGAACCUGAAUAAAACUUAGAUUGGUCCUUUGAUGUCGUAUUUCAAGUAAAUAGUGUUUUAAAAAUAUGUAGUAAAUCAAUUUGUUUUAAAAUGUUCUAUAAUAUAUAUUUCGUAAGGGUCAAUUUCUACUAUUGCGCUGGAAAUUUUAUUCGACCAUGAUUGUAAAUGAUGCUUAUAUUUGUGUUAGCGAGGAAAUUGAAAAUAACGUGUCCAUUACUGCACUCUUCAUGGCGAAGAAUGCAUCCUGCAGCAAUGGUUCCCAUAGUCUGGCCUGUUUUUUUAUCCGUGCAACGGCAAUGUGACGGCGCUGCACCUGAUGGUAAGUGGAGUGGGGUCCAAUGGAAUUAAUUUAUUUCCAAACACGUUCAAAAUGCUAUUCCUGCUGGUCCUUACCCGGCGCAUCAGUGCUAUGGGAACAUUAGCAACGAAUUUUAUCUGUUCUUUGCGUGCGUUUUCAUACGUCUCGGUAACCCAAUUGCCAGUCGGAUGCCUGAUCGUAAAAUGGCACAGUAAAGUUUUUUUUUAUCUUUAUAUACAGUGGAUGUAUAAAGGUGGACGUAAUGCCUGAUGUAUUUUCUAAUAGUCAACCUUAAACUUAAAGUUUGAAUUUGUUUAGUUACUUUUUUGGCUGAUUGGACUUAUUUUUUCCGUAACCGAUGUCGGUUACUGCUUAUUGGUUGCGUGGCUACUUUUUGGGAGUAUUGCGCAAUCUUUAGACGGAGUAGGUAGUUGUCCAGAUGUAUGAGAGCUUAUUUGUAGGGAGUUGUUUUUUGUACGUAAGUGUGGCUACGCUUGCGUCCUAAAACCCCCCAUCACGCGGUAGUGUGCUCAAGUUGUUUGCCGGCUUAUGCUAAGGACAGAAAUAUCGCCCAUAUGUUUACCGGAUACGAAUGAGCUACAAGGUUGGCGUUAGCGACUUUACUUGACGCUCCGCCAACCAAUACCUAUGAAACAGUACUGGCUGUAGAUUUGUCUUGCCGUUGCCGAUGGUCUUGAUAGCGAUCGCUGAUUAUCGAUCAUUAAACUUAACAAGUUUUUACAAUUCGACAAAGUACAAUAACUUGUACUGAGAUGUGUAUCUAUAUAUUUUACUUUAUGUAUAAAGUAUGUAUUUACAGAAAAAUAUUUUUAUAAUAAAAUUUAAGUAUGUAUUGUUGAUAUUUUAUAUAAAAUUUUAUUUUUUUAUAUAACGAUAAUUUAGUGUUGUUUGUUGCGUUGUCGAUAACAUCGGCAUAGUAUCAAAAUGGUUUUGUUUUUGAUAUGGGUUCAAAGGACCAAUCUAACCGUGGAGGGUAACAAAGCGAGUUCAUAAUUCAAUUUUACAAUUAAAUACAAAUUAAUAUAAAGUGACUUCCAUUCUUAGUUUCCAAUAGUUUUUCGAUUAAGUUAUACACUUUGUUGUCUUGUGCACCGGUAUAUUUUUUAAAUUUACCAUUUAGACGGAUCGAAAUAAAUGAAAAUAGAAUAUUUAAUAGUCUGACUUUUCAGGGUUGUAAGUAUCGUAGCAAGUGUAAAUUUAGUGUUAAAUCAGGGGUGUCGACUUACCUCAACAUUGCGUACCAAUAUCCUUGUGACAGAUGAUAAUUAUUACGUCGCGUAGCUGCAACGCCAUAACUCAUUUGAAUAUUAAAAAUACUGUUUUUUUUUUCAAUCCAGACUGAAUACUUUUACGUAACGUACAAUUAACUACACUGAUUAUGAAUUAAAUUAUCUAACAUUUGACGUCAGUGAUUUUUAAUUUGUGUUUUUGGGUUUAAUUAAAUAAAAUUAUAUAAGAUAAACAUGAAUUGCAUCAUUGAGAUUGAAUACGUAAAUUAGAGUGAAAUUUUGUUCAGCAGUUUGUCUUUUUAAUUUACAUUACACUCUUAAAAGCUGUGACGUACGCAUUACUUAGAGGUUUUGGAUGUAGGUAUAGGGUUCGAUAUAUCGAUACCAAAUAUUCGUUAGCUGUUGUAUUUUUCGGUGUCAGUAUUCCAAAGAACGGCUGCUAAUUAUCGGUACUGCGUAGGCGGAAAUAUCGAUAUUUGAUUAAAUCCAUCCACAACGUUACCGAUAUCGAGUACGAAUCACCAUUAUAAAUAUUCGAUAGUAUAAGUUCAAAGGUCUUGCUUUCGAACUUUGUGUAAAGUGUCAAUGGUAUUUGACCCCAUAAAGUUUAUUACUCCGUAGAAAGUUGCAAAGCGACUGUGCGUUCAAUUUGUCUCUUUAAUUUCAAAAGUAUACUUUCGUUGUUUUUUUUUUAUUAUUUUAUUAAAACAGAUGAUACGUACCAUACAUUACAAUAGGAGUAAGAGUGCAAUGUAUUUUGUCUUUCUGUUAAAUCAUUAUCGUAAGGAAAUUGGAGACGCCGUUAUUUGUUAAUAUUAUUAAUUAGAUUUUGUCGAUGUAAUACAAAUCUGGAAGUAAUUAGAUUUAUAGAUAUCGAUAUCACAUUAUCACGAAUCUAAUGUGAUCUUAUCGUGGUGAUUAAAAUGAAGAUCAUGUAGUGCGAAUAGAUUGCAAAAUAAUUGUUUUAAAAUUAAAGCACUUUUCAAUAGAACUUUAGACGGAUACAAACCUAUCUGAUAUUUUGUCUUUACUAAUUUAUGCUUGACUAGCGUUUGUUCGUUGCUGCGCCUACGUGAAAAGUAUUUCUAUAAUAAAAGUCCCGCGUUACAUUUUCCUGGCAUAAAAAUUGUCAAUGACCUUCCCAGGGUCUAAAUCUAUCUCCAUUACAAAUUUGAUUGAAAUCUGUUUGGUGAAUUUUAAUUGGUAUGGAAAUAUCUUGAUACUCUGGGAAGGAUAUAGGCUACUUUCAGUUCCCGGAGAAUCUAUAUUGGAUAAAAUGUUUAUUUACACCGUUUGCAAGUUGUAUUGAGAAGUGUUCUACAGAUUUCAUUCUUGUUCAAAACCACAAAACAUAAGUUAAACAAAAUAUCUUUUUACUAAAAAGCAUUAUUAAUCAGUAUUACUAACUUUUAUCCAGUUUGCUCAUACUUAUGUCAAAUAAUUUGAAAGGUAGUUAAAUACUGAUUAAGUAAUUCCCUUAUUUAAAAUGUUUAUUAACUUAAUGUUAAGGCGUAGUUAAGUGUCUUGGCGCGAAUGAUCGAAAUGAUUGGGCCUAUCCGAAAUAUUUUCUUUAAAAUACGCUCAAAGAGUAAUAUAAAAGCCAUCUAUUACAAUAUAACAACUUGGACAUUAAAAGCAAGGGUAUUUAUGUUUCCAUACUGACAAUAUUUGUUACCUUCAUGAAUAACUUGGUUUAUAUUUUUAAUAUUUUCAUUCCAGUACACGCUUAUUUAGAAUAUAUUUUGUUUAUCCACUUGUGGGUAUGUUUGUGCGUAAGAGCGGUAAAUAUCAGUAUUACAUUUUCCGAACUAAAUAUCUAUGUUCAAAAUUAAAACAAUGUAAUAAAAA